UAGGCACCCUCUUCAUUAGCAAGUAUUUUUUUUUUAAUGUGUGCAAAAUGUAAAGGACUGUUUUAUGGACAGGAUGCUGUAUUUUUAACUCUUCAGGAGAUUUUUAUAAGACUGCAAAAAGCCAUCUACUAUAUUUUUUAAACUUAAAAAAACAAAACUUAAUUACAUUCGUCAUACAUACAGGUACAUACCUGCAGUGGGCUGCUCAGAAGCACCCGGGGUUGUUCUUUGUCAUAGUAACAGCCAACAGGAGUGUGUUGCAUUUGCGUCAUUGGCUCCUGGUGGGAAAAAAAGACCUGUGCUAACCGCCAAAACAUUUCAGAAGGAAAUCAACACUUACAGUGGCAGUUGAGUUCUUGUAUAAUUUUCCUGCAGGCCAGAAUCCAGACUACAGUUGAGCUGACAGCGAUGAAUCCUGCAGGUUACCCGAUUGAGAAUGUUCCAUCACAGAGGACAUAUGAUGGACAGCAUGGAGGACCUACAACGGUCCAGUACACCACUUUGAACAUCGAGACUGAGCCCCCCAAGGACCACAUCAUCUGGUCACUCCUCUGCUUUAUGUACUCAAACCCCUGCUGCCUCGGACUGGCAGCUCUCAUCUUCUCCAUCAAGGCCAGAGACCGGAAGGUGGCUGGAGAUCUGGAGGGCGCCCGACAAUAUGGCUCCACUGCCCGCUGCCUCAACAUCUGGGCCACAGUCCUGGUUUCCAUCGUGGUCCUUAUUGCCAUUAUUACAAUCACUGUCAUGCUCGUACAGAUACAUGAGGGAUACAGAGGUUUAUACCAAUACAACACAAACAAUUACCGUUACAAUUACAUAGGCUAAAUUUCAAAUAGUGUUGGAGUUGCCUACUGCUGUGGCUUAGUGAUGCUUAUUGUUCUCUGCUUUAUGGUUAUGGCACAAACUGUAACCUUUUAUGCCCUUUUACUUAUAUCCUCAGUUAAAACAGAUACUUAUUUCUAUGUUUGUUACAAAAGUCUUGGAACUCAUCCAUGUUUCCUUAAUGCCAAUCUGUAGUAGUUUGACAUUUAUGCCAGACUUAAAUUCAGAUUUCCUGUCAGCAAGGCGUCGAGCAACUUUAAAAAGAAAACAGUUUCAUCUGUCAAUAAAGGUGUCUGUUUCAUAAC